AAAUCUAUAGGGGGAGGGAGAUCGCAGAUGGUCCCAAAAUUGGGUUCAUUUUGGUACAGCUCCGAGCGGCGGAGCAAGGAGGGGCUGCUCUCCUCGUUUCUCAAGGAGGGGGAGUGGGGGCUCGGCCUCGACUUCGAUGAGGAGGAGGAGGAGAGAGGGUGCCUCCGGCGCCUCGGUGACGGGAUCGCCGGGCUGUGGGGCAAGGCGCGGGAGCUGGUGGACAAGGGAUGGAAGUUCGGGGCGUCGGAUCCGAGGAAAGUGAUUUUCGCCGCAAAGAUGCGGCUUGCGCUCACUCUGACCUUGUUCAUCAUCUUCCUCAAGGAGGCCUCCAUGGACCUUACCAAGCACGCCGUCUGGGCCAUCCUCACCGUCGUCGUCGUCUUCGAAUUCAGCGUAGGUUCAACGCUUAGCAAAGGGUUUAAUCGGGCUAUAGGAACACUAACUGCUGGAGGGCUUGCUCUAGGGGUUGCAGAGUUAUCCACAUUGACGGGACAGUUUGAGGAACUAGUCAUUAUUAUCUGCACCUUUAUUGCUGGGUUUUUUGCAAGCUUUAUUAAAUUCUACCCAACAAUGAAGCCUUAUGAAUAUGGCCUCCGGUGUUUCUUGGUCACUUUUGCUGUCAUUAUUACAUUGGGAUAUCGGAUGGGGGAAUUUAGCACGGCUGUGAGUCGACUUGUCCUUAUUGUGCUUGGUGCUGGUGUUAGUUUGGGAGUUAAUAUUUGCAUCUACCCAAUCUGGGCAGGAGAGGAUCUGCAUAACCUGGUAGCAAAAAAUUUCAUGAGCGUAGCAAAGUCUUUGGAAGGCUCUGUCAAUGGGUACAUUCAGUGCAUUGAAUUUGAGAGGGUUCCUUCUAAAAUUCUUACAUCUCAAGCUUCUGAUGAUCCUUUAUACAGUGGGUAUAGGUCAGCUGUUGAAUCAAAAAGCCAAGAGGAUACUCUUUUAGGCUUUGCUAUGUGGGAGCCACCCCAUGGUCCUUAUAAGAUGUUGAGAUAUCCCUGGAAGAACUAUGUUAAAGUUGGUGGUGCACUAAGGCACUGUGUCUUCAUGGUUAUGGCAUUGCAUGGCUGCAUACUUUCAGAAAUUCAGGGUAAACAGAUGAUUGGCUCAAGGUUAAAGGGUCGUUCAAUUGCUCUGUUGUGUGGACUCUUGUUUGAUUGUUUGUUACUGAUGUAACUAAUGAUUGUCUCUGUAGACUCC